GCCCUGUGGAGCUGUAGCGGUGGCAGGGAGUGACUAAGGACGAAGGGGCGGGUUUCCUCUGGUGACGUUGCCCUGUGUAGUGUAAGGUUGGGAUUGCAGUGGAGGCGGCGCAUAGUACCGAAGGAGCGGGUGAAGGGAGAGGUUGUGUACGGUGGAUGUGAUUAUUAUCGGGUGAUAUAAGCGCUGUGCACGCCUGUAUUCCCCUCCAUGCUAUGGCCCUGUGUGCCCUCCACCCCGCCGCUGUGUGAUCGCCGUGCUCGCCCUCUAUAGGAGAUAAGACUUUCCGAGUGCAGUCAACACUUCUGAUUGCUAUGUGACGUCUUCAAAGAACUCUCGUACAACCUUGAAAAGUCUCUGAGAUCUAUUCGUUGACCAGUGGAAAAAACAUGGGGAAUCACCUUACCGAGAUUGCCCCCAAUGCCUCCUUUCUCCCAGCCUUUCACACUCUACACGUGGUCGUCAUUGGGUUGGACUCUGCUGGAAAGACCUCCCUCUUGUAUAGACUCAAGUUUAAGGAGUUUGUGAAAUGUGUUCCCACCAAGGGCUUCAAUAUGGAAAAAAUCAAGGCCCCGGUUGUGAAUUCGAAGCCAAUCACUUUUCAGGUCUGGGAUGUCGGUGGCCAAGAGAAACUUAGACCUUUAUGGAAAUCCUACACCAGAAGGACUGAUGGCCUGGUGUUUGUUGUGGAUUCUUCUGAAAAAGAACGCAUGGAGGAAGCCAAAGUGGAACUCCACAAAAUUACAAGGACUUCUGAGAACCAAGGAGUACCCGUUUUAAUCCUUGCUAACAAGCAGGACGUGGCGGAUGCCGCUUCUGUAUCGGAAGUGGAGAAGUUACUAGGUGCUCAUGAACUCGGCACGUCCACCUUGAGUCACAUUCAGGGCUGUAGCGCUGUGGACGGCCGAGGUUUGCCCCAAGGACUGGAGAAACUCUAUGAGAUGAUCCUGAAGAGGAAGAAGAUGCUGAGGCACAGCAAAAAGAAGCGAUAAACUGAUUUAGACCAGAAAGACUUUUGCGUUUCCAUCAUGUUCUGAAACCAGAAAAAUUAAUUAGGGACUUGACUGGUUCUGAUGGUAAUACAAUCUGAUUACAGAACAGUGUUUUUGCUGCCUGGCCCAGUACAACCUGCAUGCAAAACAUCGAAACUGGAGUGAAAAUAUUUAUUUACUGGUACUUUUCAGACUGCCACAUUCGGGAAAACAAAGGACACAUAAGCGUGACUCUCCAGGAAAACUGUUAAAUGCACAAUUGACAUAUGUACGUUACCUUUUUUUUACCCGCCAAAGGAGUUAUAAUUCUGCUUAGCCAGUCUUGUGAUUCACCCAUUUUUGUCACAAUUCAUUGCUACCGAUGUGAUUUUUUUUUUUCUUCUUCUUCUCCUCCUUUAUUAUUUAUUCUGAUAUUUUUGUCAGUUGGCUAGGCAAGAUAUAUGGGGGGGGGGGGGAGCUAAACAGCUUGAAAUCCUCUGGCUUUAUAGUGAUGCAGAAGCACAGGACCGCUUGAAGAGAAUUAUAAGGCCCAAUUGACAUUAGCGCAGUUUUGGCUCGGUUCAGUGCAUGUGAAAACUUCAUGCAAAAUACAUGAGAUCUGUGCCGUUCUAGUCAAUGCCCCCCACCGACCUCCUUUCUGCAUUUUCAUUUCCACAGAUCUGUAUCUAUAGUGGUGCAGUUUCACAUGCAUUUAAAUGCAAUAAUUCUAAUUUAAUUAAUUUUAUUUAAUUAAAUUACCUAAUAAAAAUGCACAAAUAUGAAUGAGACAGAUUGGAAUUUUUUUUUUUUUUUGGUGGAUAAAACAAUUCAGGUUUAAAAAAAAAAGUACACUAGGCUGUUUGAUUAGAGUUCUGCCUCAAUAGCUUUUUUUCUUUGUAUGCAUAUGUUUGUCAUUCUUCUUGGAUGAUCACUGCACAGGAAUACUGACAGAGGGAUAUUUCACUUAUUUAAUGAAAAGAAAAAGGGUAGCAUUUAAUGUCUAUAUAACUUGAUCUUUCUUUUUUUUAUAUAUAUUUCCACUGUUCCUUCACACAGGAUAAAAGGUUAUGUUUUUUUGUUUAAACCUCUUGUACAUGUUUGUAUGAAGCCCACCUAAUUAUUUAUAUUAAUAAACAAAAAUUAGAAUGCA